AUGAGGAAGAAGAGGAAAGGAAGUGAAACGGAAGCGUGUGAAGAUGUACAAAAUGAAUUAACACCUAGGCAUGAUAAGAAAUCAUCAAAUAUCAGGUCUCAUUAUUCUCUUGAAGAUUACAAAAGGUUAAAGAAGAGGUGUAAAGGAGAUGCUGGUGAUGAACCUGUUAGCUCUUGCAAAAGUAGGUUUGCAGACAUUGCCACUGCCCCACCUUGUGGUGCCUCAUCAUCAUUCAAGAGGAAGAUAGGGUGUAUAGAUAAUGCUACCCAGACAGGUAGAAAGAAUAAGAUUGGGGAUGACUAUGUUUCAGGUGCCACCAUUGGGCGUGGUAAAUUUGGUUCUGUUUGGUUGUGUAGGUCUAAGGCAACUGGAGAAGAAUUUGCUUGUAAGACUUUGCGGAAGGGGGAGCAGACAGUUCAUAGGGAGGUGGAGAUAAUGCAGCACUUGUCUGGCCAUCCUGGUGUUGUGACAUUGCAUGCCGUCUAUGAGGAGACGGAAUGUUUUCAUCUUGUGAUGGAGUUAUGCUCUGGGGGCCUUUUGAUUGACCAGAUGGUCAAGGAGGUUCGAUACUAAGAACAAUGGGCUGCUAAUAUAUUUAAAGAUGUGAUGUCAGUUUUUAAGUAUUGUCAUGAUAUGGGAGUUGUGCACAGAGAUAUAAAACCAGAGAAUGUACUUCUCAUGAGCUCAGGGAAAAUAAAGCUUGCAGAUUUUGGCUUGGCCAUGAGAAUUUCAAAUUGUCAGACAUUGUCUGGUUUGGCCGGAAGUCCUGCUUAUGUUGCCCUAGAAGUUCUAUCAGGAAAUUACUCUGAGAAGGUUGAUAUAUGGAGUGCCGGUGUCCUCCUACAUACUCUCUUAGUUGGCAUGCUUCCAUUUCAAGGGGACUCCUUGGAAGCUGUUUUUGAGGCAAUCAAGAAAGUAAAGCUUGAUUUCCACAGUGGGAUAUGGGAGUCCAUAUCUAAGCCUGCAUGCGAUCUACUUUCAAGAAUGCUAACAAGGGAUGUUUCAGCAAGGAUAACUGCAGAUGAAGUGCUAAGACACCCAUGGAUUUUGUUCUACACAGAGCGCAUAUUAAACACACUGUCCAUUAAGUCAAAAAUAAAGAAUCAAGUUGGACCGACUUCCUGUCAACCUGUCACUGUGCCCGUACCAGAGAUGCAUGGGAACAAAGUAGAGAGUGUCUCUCUUGGUGAGGAUUCAAAUCAUCAUUCAUUAUCCGAUAGUUGGAGCAGCAAGUCAGAAGAACAGGAUGACUUUGGUUUGGUGGAUGCACUUGCAGUGGCAGUUUCCCAUGUCAAGAUUUCAGAGCCAAAGAGAAGCAGGCUGUGCGGGCCCACAGGUCCAAUAGAGCAGCAGCAUUCAUCUAACCUGACAGCUAACAAUCUCUGUAGAGCAUUUUGUUUCUGAAACUACUAACAACAUUUAUCUCCACUGUUUUCUAAGCUGGGGAUUUAAAACUAACAUGCCCUGGUGCAAUUUCAGUGGGCAAAGAUGGUUAACAGAUCAGCAUAACCCUAUCUGUGCAAUAUAUUGGUGUAUCUUUGGAUGCAAUCUAACCUAAUAGUGGCUCCAAGCCUGUGAAUUGAGGAAAUUGAUCUACAGCAUCUGUAAAUAGAAUGAUAGUGAGCAAUUUUAUGAGUUAAUUUUUCAUUGCACCUGUUGCAUGGGGCAGAUUCAGUGCCUUGCAAAGCCUGUAAAUGUGAAAGUACAAGAAUAUUCUAAAUGACUGUCAACUUGUAUGAUGGAAAGCCUUGAAACCUUACAUAGUUACUGGUAUUAGGAUUGGAAGCUA